UAUCAAACUAACUCUUAACGGUGGGGCUAAUCCGGCAAUCCAAUCGCUGAGGAAUUCUUUGCUUGUUUCUAAGUCCUGGUUUCUGAAAACAUUUGCUUACCCCGCAUAGCUUCUCUUCUUGCUCUUCUUGCUCUUCUUGCUAUAUAAUCAUUGUUAAUUCCUUUAAUGAUUCAACAAAUGCAGAUUCUCAUUUCAGUUAAUUUCAAGAUAUGGUGGAUGUUUGAGGAAAGAAUAGCUUCUAGGCCAUAAUCUUGAAGAUGGGAUUAUUGCUUUUUCGGUCUCAGGUCUGAACUAUCCAAUUCGGAAGCAAGAUACCUUGGUUUUCUAGUUUUUCCCUUGUACAAACUCUUAAUGUUCGAAUGAGAACUGCACCCAUGUACUUCUCAGUUCUACGAGUUCCUAAAUGCAGGCUUUACUCUUUGGUUACCACAUGGUGGGAGGUCUUUGACACAGUAGGUCCAACAUGUAAAAAGGGGUAUAGUUUUACGUCGUUAAGCUCUCAUGUUGACAAGAACGCACGAAUAGGUGGAAGUUGGAGUAGACGACUCAUAACCACAGCAAGUGAAGGAAGAAGGAAAAACUCCUUGAGCAGUGCAAGCAUUGUCAGGCAUAACUUAUCGGAUAAAGUAGUGGUGGCAACAAAUGCUGACGUGACUAUAAACAAAAUUGACGGCCACAGUUAUGAAAAAAUUCAGUAUGCAGAUGUUCGACAAUUGAUAGCUGAGAAUAAAAGUUUGUCCAAUCUUGCAACUUUUAUCGUCUUUGAUCUUGAGACAACUGGGCUUGAUAGAAAAUCAGCAAGAGUAAUAGAGAUUGCACUUCAGGACCUUCAGGGCGGUGAAAACAGCACAUUCCACACGCUGGUUAAUCCUGAACAUGAAGUCACCAAUACUCAAUUCCAUAAUAUUACAACCAGUAUGGUCCAAAGGCCAGGUGUACCGAGGAUGGUGGAGCUAAUUCCGAUAUUACUUGAGUUUGUACGAAGCCGCCAGAAGCCGGGGGGAUACGUGGUGCUUGUUGCACAUAAUGGUCGAGGUUUUGACGUACCAUUUUUGGUUCAUGAAUUUAGACGCAAUGAUUUCGAAAUCCCUUCAAAUUGGUAUUUUCUGGAUACUAUUCCUUUAAGUGCUCAAGUGAUGAAAUCAGCAGGAAUAAAAAACGGGAAAGCAUUGCAAACGCUUCGCGAGUAUUAUGGGAUCGAGUUAGUAGGCUCAGCCCACAGAGCCAUGUCGGACGUGCAUUCUUUAUCCCUGGUGCUUCAGAGACUCACAUUUGAUCUUAAGCUUCCAAUAUCCGAAUUAGUACAGAGAGCAUUCAAAGCCGAUGAGUUGACAACAGGCAACGCAAAGAAGAAACCGAAAGAAACGAACAAGAAAAAGAAAACUUGAUUCUUUCUUCAUUAUUGUCAUUCCUUAUUCCUUAAACUAAGAUGUAAUUCUUGCAAUGUCAUUCAUUGUGUUCCCUUCUUCUUUAUGUCCUUAAACAAGCGCAUUGCUUCAUUUAUCUGUCCAUUUUUACAUAGAUCAUUAGUAAUUGAAGCAUAAAUGACAAUAUUAAGGGUAACUCCUUGAAGAAGGGCUAAAGGUUAGCCAAAGGAUAAUAAAUUGUAUGUAGAUUCACUACUAGGUUUUGAUCUAAAUUUGAUAGAAAGUAUAACCCUUUUGGUGUUUCCUUUUCUGGUUGGUC